AAAAGCGUAAGAAAAAAGGAAAUACUCAUGUACAAGUACCUCAAAUGUGUACCGAAAUAGAAUAUUUGAGUAGUAAUGCUUUAAAUAAUUUAGAUAACAACUGAUUAGUUAUUUGGCUUAAUGCAAAAUAUCAGUUUUUAAUUUCCACGUUAAGCUUUUAUUGUAGGAAAAAAAUAGCCUCUAACCGGAAAUGUCCGGUAAGUAAAAUCAGGAACUUGACAGGAGCUAUCUGCUGCACGGUGUGCUGCGGUUUUUACCGGAACAGCAUCUAAAACAACAAAAAAGGCGGAUUUCAGUGCGUCUCUGCUGGUGUCUCAGCUCCCAUCAUGUCCAGCAUCCAGCUGCUCCGGGUCCUGGUCAACGAGCGGCUGUCGGCGGCGGCGGAGGAGAUCUUCGAGGCGGUGAAGAAGACCAUCGCGGGCUACGAGGAGGAGCUGCUGCUGUCCAGACGGGAGCUCCGGCGGCAGCGCGGGAUGCUGCGGACCGAGCUGAAGGCUGAAGUCCACGCCGACAAAGUGUCAGAGCAACCUCAGCUGGCUCUGUCGGUUUGGGAUGAGGACUUUCCCUCUGUUCAGCACCAGGAGUGGAGCUCCAGUCUGGACCAGGACCAGCGGGCAGCUCCUCAGAAGAACCAGGAGGAUCUGCAGGAGCUGGAGGAGGACAGCACCAUCCGGUUCAUCUUCACGCACCAGUCCAGCUCUCCAAACGCUAAAGGCGACGGAGGAGAACCUCUGCCGAGCACCUCAGCCGAGCAGGACCAGGAGAAGGCCGGUGGUGACGAUGACGAUGCCGCCUCCUCCAGCUCUUCUGCAGCCAACAGCGACGAGGAGUGGCGGGCCAGCAUGGACUCCCAGAGCGAUGACAGCGACAGCAAGUGGGAUAAGACGAAGAAGAAGACGGGUCCUCGCCUGCCGAUGGCCCCGAAGCUGCUCCUGCACAAGAAGAACAAAUCCCGGACCAGCUGUAAAGUGUGCGGUAAAGCCUUCCACGCCAUCGUCUCUCUGGUGAACCACAUGGAGGUUCACUCCAAAGACGUCUGCGGCGUCUGUGGCGAACGCUUCGACAGCGAGGAGGGCUUCAGGGUUCACUUAAAGACGCAUGUGAAAGCAGAGGUCUGCAGCUUGUGUGGGAAAUGUUUUGGCGGCUCAAGUUCUCUGGAGACACACAUGAGGAUCCACACCGGAGAGAAACCGUUUAACUGCAGCGAGUGCGGGAAGUCCUUCAAUUGUCGUCACAACAUGAUGCGACACAUCCGGAUCCACACCGGGGAGAGACCGUACACCUGCACUGUCUGUGGAAAGACCUUCAACGACUACUCCACCCUGAAGCGACACCUGAUGGUUCACAUCCGUAAGAACAACCACAACUCGAGCAACACAAAUGAAAACGACAACGACGACGACGACGACAAGAAGAUCAAGGUGUCAACGUCGAAAAAGCCGCAGCCUCGGACCAUGUGCGAAGUGUGUGGGAAAAUGUUCCACUCCCUGGUUUCUCUGGUGAAUCACGCCAAAAGUCACGCCACAGACCUCUGCGGCGUUUGUGGGACGCAUUUCGACUCCGAGGAAAAUUUAAAGCUUCACCUGAAAACUCACAAGAACGGGAAAGUGUGCGAAGUGUGUGGCAAGUGCUUUGACAGUCAGGGCAACCUGGAGAUGCACAUGAGGGUCCACACGGGGGAGAAACCAUUUCUUUGCAGCGAGUGUGGGAAGUCCUUCAACUGCCGACAUAACAUGACAAGACACAUCCGGACGCACACUGGAGAGAAACCAUAUCUCUGCAACGUCUGUGGCCGCUCAUUUAGCGACCACACAAGUUUGAAGCAGCACAGCAGCACCCACACUGGGGAGAAACCACACCGCUGCGAGGUCUGCGGGAAAGGCUUCCAUCGAAAGACUUAUGUCAGGCUUCACAUGAAGAGCCACACGACUGAGAAGUGAAACGUUUUUAUGUGUGAUGUAAAACUGGCAAAUUCAUCAACACUUUUGAUGGAUCCUGGAGACGUUUCUGUCACGUUCAGAUUUCACAAUAACAGGAUGAUAAUGCCUGAACCACGCUUACAGGAAUCAGACAAAAACAACUGGCUGUUUUAUCCUCUGCAACAAGGGCGUAAAAAAACAUCAAUAUUCAGUUUAGUUAUACUGUGUUAAUUCUAACAAAAACACCAUAGAUUUUUAAGUAAUAGUGUAGACACACUGUAGGGUGGAGCUGCAAUGACAACUGUUAAAUUUAUCACCAACUAUUUUGAUUAUCAGUUAGUAAGUUUGAGUAAUUCUUUUACUUUUUAAAAACAAUUCUGUUUAUUUCAGCUUCUCAAAUGUGAAAAAUUUCAGGUGUCUUUUCUCUAAAUUAACCAUUUUUAGGUUGUGGACAAAUCAGUUCCCAUCUUGGGAAGACUUCCCAUCCUCUAAGACUUCUCUAAUCACAUGGAUCAGAAGCUAUUUCUAAUUUUAAAAAAUAUGUUCUUUUUCUUUGUUUGCUGGAUUAAAAUCAAGAAUUGCAACGUGGGAAACAAAUCUGCUUUUCAUGCGGACGGUUAGACAGAAGCCUUCAAAUAUAUUUUUUCAUAUAUUUGAGAUUUUUUUUCCAUCUCUUACAUGUUACAGCAUAUUUACCUGCCGUAUUCAACUAAUUGCAUAAUCCUUUAACUUUCAGACACUUAAAAUGUUGGUCUUUUGGGAUUACAAAUGCAGUUUGUCUCAUGUUUAUUACCCUUCAUGUGCUGUUUUCUCUCUGAAUUACUCUUUGCUACAAGCAUUCGCACAGGCACUAAGAAUUCUGAUGUUGGAUGUAAAUCUGUACUCUGAAUGCAGUUUUAGUCACAACGUGCCUCGACAGACUUCCUGUUACCUUCACAUUUAUAGCAGUUUAGCGUCAUGACGUAACAUUUAAAUACCCAAAGGUGUUUUGUUUUUUUAGCCAAAGAUGUUACAGAGCUGCAACUUCUGAUGGUUUGUUUAAGUUGUUUUAAUAAAUAUCACUUUAUGACUGA